AUGGGCGACAGACGCGACCGCAACCGCUGGGGCCCGGAUGUGGAUCUUGACACGAGAACCGGACAUCCUGCGCCGGAACUUGGCCACGAAGAUCAAUGCACGCUGAGGGAUAUUCGCAACGCCAUGUUUGAUGGCACUCUCCAGGACAAGAUCAUGAUGCUCGCGGAGAUAGAACUCAUCCUGCAAAGCGGUGAUGAGAAUCGCGAAUUGAAACAGCGGAUCAUCCGAAUCACUCAAGUAAAGCAGGCGAUGGGCCAGUCAAAUACUAGACUUGUUGCCUUUGUGAAGAUGCAGCAAGAUGGUUUCCAUGUGGCGAAAAAAAAAGCUGCAAACGAGAAAUCGCGAAAACUUGAGGACAGUGUGGCUGCCGCGCACUCUACUGCUAGAGACCAAAUCGCGGCACUUGAAAGCCAAGCGAAGGAGCAACUCGACAAAGCUCGCGCUGAAAUCGACUCAAUUCGUCUAAUCGAGACUCAGACGCAAGAUCAAGUUGACAAAGCUCUUGCGGAUAUGGAAAUGCUUCGUGCCCAGAAUGAAAAGGUCAGACAGGAUCUGUUAGCUUUAAGGCGAGCUGAACAAGUGUUGCGCAAAGAUUCAGAGGCUCUGCGUAAGGAGAUCGCUAGGCUAAAGAAAGAUGUACAAAUACAGACAACUCUUCGCCGAAAUGCCGUCAACGAAACGGAAGAGAUCAGGUUGGAGCUGACUGAGCUGUCAACUCAGCAGAUAUCACUUGCAAAAGACAACAGCAAACAUCGGCAUACACUUAAGAUUUGGGAGGCGCGUGUUAUAGCCUUGACCGAGGAGCGUGAAGCUGCGCUGAAGCAAGUACAAGAACUGGAUGGCAAGUACUUCUCAGCGCGCGUCUGGCAGAAGGCCGCAAAAGACCGCGAGGCUGACUUGAAGCUGAAGAAGGCCCGUAUCAGGCAGCUCCUCAAAGCCAAUGAUGAGAAUGAAGAACAUACUGCAAAGUUGCAGUCAGAGGCUGAAGAGCGAGUGCAGGACCUGGUCGUCCAACACGAGGCAGAGAUUCACGAUCGAGACGAGUUCAUCGCCAAACUGCAGCAGAAGAAUGUCCCCAAAAAGAAGCUUAAGCACCAGCUUAAAGUUCUGGAAGAUGAAAAGGGUACCGUGGAAAAACGCUUCGAGGCUCUUUGCGACUAUUACCGCAACCUGUACGGCAGAAAUAAGAGUCUGGUAAAAGUCCUGACCAAAUCCGAGGAGGCUAAAGGCUAUAGUUUCAAAGCUGUCGCUCUUCGUAAGAAGAUCUGGAAGAUGAAGGGUUCGACGCUUGAGUCUAUCUUCGAGGAUCUGGAUCCCGACAGCAGUUCGUCGUCAGAGAGUCAGACAUCUGAAGCGGAGGCGGAUGUGAAGUCGGAGGAGAGUGGUAAGGAGAGCGACUAA